GUACAGGCCGCACCGGGAUCCCACCGUGGGACAAAGCUGAUCUCCGCUUCCUGGAGCGGGAAGAUCGUCUUCCUGAGCAUGGGAGAGAACCAGGUUCGUUGGCAUGGAAUUUUAUGGAGAACUGAACUGUCCAGGCAGUGGUGAGGGAAGGAGUUACUAAUGGCUGGCCAGGACACAAGUUUGCAAGAGGAGGAGACUCCCCAUGAGAGAGGCAUUUUGCAGGUCUGGACGGCAUGUGGUAUCUCUGGGAUCCCCAAGCAGCUGCCUGGCCUUGGUGGCAAGGUGGUGUUACAGGCUGCUUUGGGAGCAGAACAUGGUGUGCUCCUGACAGAAGAUGGCGAUGUCUACAGCUUUGGAUGCCUUCCGUGGGGACUGGACUGUGAGGCUAGUCAGUCAACAGGCCCAAUGCUGGAGCAGGCCUUAGCUGGCUUGCAUGUGGUCAGUGUGGCGGCCGGUAGCUACCACAGUGGAGCAGUAACCGAGGAUGGAGCUGUAUACAUGUGGGGAGAGAAUUCAUCCUGCCAGUGUGCAGUCCAGGGUCAAAGCCAGAUCCCGAUACCCACCCUGGUCAUGAUAUCAGACUCUGAAACCAGCCCCCCAGAGUUGGUCAAGACAGUGCAGCUGGCUUGCGGAGAACAGCACAGCUUGGCUCUGUCAUCGAGGAAGGAGAUCUGGGCCUGGGGCAGCGGCUGCCAGCUCGGACUCGUCACAGCCAUUUUCCCCUUGGCAAAGCCACAGAAGCUGGAGCACCUUGCUGGACGGGCAGUGAUACAAAUCGCCUGUGGUUCCCACCACAGUCUGGCACUGGUUCAAAGGCCCUGGCCCCAUGAGAAGAAGCAGAACUCGGAAAAGUGCCACCACUGCCACCAGCUGCUGCUGACCAUGAUGGACAAAGAAGAUCAUGUGAUCAUCUCAGAUAGCCACUACUGUCCUCUGGGCAUGGCACUGUCCAACUCAGAACACAAGAACUCUGCCCAGAAUCCUGAUCACCACUGCUCCCCAUCUGAGCAACUCCCUCACAAUCAUGUAACGGGCGCAGACAGAUCCGAGCAGCCCCAGCCAGUGCAUCCUGAGCACUUCUCAGGUGAUACUGACAAAGUGGAAUCAGCGCAAUGCCCUGAUAACUCUGAGGCAGGUGAACCUCCCAGCUCGCAGCAGGAGCCCAAUGGAGUAUUAAACCACACAAAACCCAGGAGUUCACAGUACCCCGAUGAGGAGGCAGUAAAAGCAUACCUCAGAAAGCUGUCUGACAUCUCCCAACUGGACUCCUCCACAAAAAGCGUGCACCCUCCCAACCUGCCACCUUUAUCCAUGUCUGAGGACACCCAACCCAGCAGCCCUUCCUCUGCAGCACCUUCAACAUUUAAUAACCUGGUUGUCUCCUGUGCUUCAGUUGUUGGCGAGAGAGUAGCCGCCACCUAUGAAGCCCUUUCGCUCAGAAAAGUAGUGAACUACUACUACCCAUCUCAGGGUGCAAUUGCGGCUUGCAUCGGCAGCCCAGCCAGUGGUGGAAUCCAGCACAAAGACACCAGAAAGGAACUGGUAAAAAUGGAGGAGUCCAUGCCUGACAAAAAGAGCUUCAGCCUGGGCGAUAUACGGGAGCAAGACUCAGAGGGCUUUUGUCGUCGACUCUCUCUGCCAGAUCUUCUAUCCCAAGUUUCCCCAAGACUUCUCAGAAGAGCAGGACGAGCAAGAAUCAAAUCGGUGAGCCUGACCCCAACGCCCGGAAGUGAGGCAGCUGCACACCUUCCUUCCUUACAGACAGAGUUAUGGAGCUGGGGACGAGGCAAAGAGGGCCAGCUAGGUCAUGGAGAUGUCCUUCCCAGGCUUCAACCCCUGUGCAUCAAGAGCUUGAGCAAUAAGGAGGUGGUCCAGAUUGUGGCUGGUGCAUACCACUCAUUGGCUUUAACUGCCAGGUCACAGGUCUAUUCAUGGGGCAGCAACUCCCAUGGACAACUUGGCCACACAGAGUCACCCACCAUCAUGCCUCGUCUAGUCAAGAUUCCAGAGGGUGUCCGUGUGUGGGAUAUAGCAGCUGGACAAGGACAUUCCCUUUUUUUGACUGAUGGGGAAUCCUUUCAGCCCAACGUCUAUUACAGUGGACAACAAGCGGCGCACGAGACCAGCAACAUUGAAUGUGGUCAUUCUUGCACCCAGCAACCAAUGCUUCUAUCAGCCUGUAGUGAGCUUGGAUACGUAAACAGCUUGGUCGCAGGGGGACAGAUGUGCAUGGCACUCUCAGACAGGAACGUAAUGGGCUACAUUGCCAGCUUACAUGAACUAGCAUCAUCAGAGAGGCGAUUCCAAUGCAAGUUGAGUGACGUGAAAAAUCAGAUACUCAAACCCCUGCUGGGGUUAGAUAACCUGACUUCCACUUUGGGUUUGACUUUGAGCCAGUUACUACAGGACACAGCCAGCAAAUAUAGCAAACUGUGCUACCUGAUUGGACAGCACACUGUCGCCUUAAAUAAGUUCCUGCACACUUCAAAGGAUGUCAAGACCUUUGCCAUGUUGGAGCACACGAAUAUCUUCCUGGACACGUUCAAAGAGUACUCGGACUCAGUGGGGAAUCUUUUGGUGGUUGGUGGUUUUCAAGCACUUGCCAAGCCAACAGUUGAGCUCUUCAACAAAAGCUUGCAGACCCUCCUGCAGUUGGCUGAAGUGACAGAUGAGAGUGUCCAUGCUGCUGACCUCUUGCACACCCUCUUUUACAUGCCCAACAGGCACCUGCAUGAAUACGCCCGUCUGCUGCUCAAACUUGCAACUUGCUUUGAGGUGGUCUCCAAAGAAUACUACAAGCUACAGGAAGUCAGCUGUCAGUGUGAAGCCCUUGGCCUGUUCCUGAAGAAAAAGCGCAAAGAAGCAGAAUACACCUACAACUUUUGGAAAACAUUCCCAGGGAAAAUGACGGCUUUUCUGACGAGACAUUUUUCCACUGAUUCACUGAGGAAGCCAGAGCGACGACUCAUAUGUGAGAGCAGCAACCGGGCACUCACACUGCAACACGCUGGCAGAUUCUCCAUUAACUGGUUUAUCCUCUUCAACGAUGCACUAGUUCAUGCUCAGUUUUCGACACAUCACAUAUUUCCUCUUGUGACACUUUGGGUAGAGCCUCACAUUGAAGAAGGCAGCAACCCGAAUUCCUUGAAAAUAACCACAGCAGAAGAACAGUUUGUCCUCACUGCGGUCUCGCCUCAGGAGAAGACCAAGUGGUUAAGAGCAAUUAACCAGGCUGUGGACCAGGCACUGAAUGGUGGUCAGGAUUACCUGCCCCCUGGACCUGGAAAUGCCACCCGAGCAGAACCCCCCAUCUCACGUACAGCCAGUUACACCUUCUACAAGGACCCACGAUUGAAGGAGGCAACGUACGAAGGUCGCUGGCUGGCUGGAAAACCACACGGCAAAGGCGUGCUGCAGUGGCCCGAUGGAAGAAUGUACACUGGUGACUUCAGAAACGGUUUAGAAGAUGGGUAUGGCGAGUACAUCAUACCCAAUAAAGCUCUGAAGAAGAAUGAUCACUAUCAGGGCCACUGGAGAGAAGGCAGGAUGCACGGCCAUGGAAUUUACAAAUAUGCCACAGGAGAGGUGUAUGAAGGCUGUUUCCAAGACAACAUGCGCCAUGGUCACGGCUUACUCCGCAGUGGCAAAUUGACGUCGUCCUCCCCCAGUAUGUUCAUUGGGCAGUGGGCACAGGACAAAAAAAUGGGCUAUGGUGUGUUUGAUGAUAUCACGAGGACGCCCGCCGUCAAACGUCCUCCCCCUGCCAGGAGGGUGGGAUGGUCCUGGCCGUGGACGUCCCAGGCGCCAUCAUCAGCACACCUCACUGACCAACCAGCUGGAGGCACAGGAGGUGAGAAGUACAUGGGCAUGUGGUUGGAUGACAUCCGCCAUGGGAAUGGAGUUGUGGUCACUCAGUUUGGCCUGUACUACGAGGGUACCUUCAGCAGCAAUAAAAUGGUGGGCUCCGGUAUCCUGCUUUCUGAAGAUGACACCAGCUUUGAAGGAGAGUUCUCAGAUGACUGGAUCUUAAAUGGAAAGGGAAUCCUGACUAUGCAAAAUGGUGACUACUUUGAAGGAACUUUCAACGGAGAGUGGGGUGCAGGGAUUAAAGUUGCUGGGACGUACUUCAAGCCUAAUUUAUAUGAGUCCGACAGGGAGAAAUCGCGUGUGCUGAAGUUGGGUAAACUGGCUGUGCAUCCUGAUGAGAAAUGGAAGGCUGUGUUCGAUGAGUGUUGGAGUCAGCUUGGCUGUGAAUCUGCUGGGCAGGGUGAUGUCCUCAAGGCUUGGGAUAAUAUUGCAGUUUGUCUCACCACGAGCAGACGGCAGCAUAAGGACAGCCCUGAUUUCAGGAGUCGAUCUCACACUCAAACUUUGGAGAGUUUGGAAGUUAUCCCUCAGAUUGUUGGCCCCAUCACCUUGGAUAAAUACGAGACCAUCCGGAAAUAUUUAAUAAAGGCAUGUGACACCCCUCUACAUCCACUGGGGAAACUGCUAGAGACUCUAGUGGCCGUGUAUAGGAUGACCUAUGUGGGAGUGGGUGCAAAUCGACGAUUACUGCAGCAAGCAGUCAGUGAAAUCAAAUCCUACCUAACUCGCAUCUUCCAGCUGGUCAGAUUUCUCUUUCCAUUCCUCCCAGAUGGUGACGAUCUGACAUCAGGAACACACGAUGACAAAGAGGUUGACAGCGAGGAAGGGACUUUGUCUAGCCAAGGCAGGGUCCCACUGGUUACGAGCUGUGGCCUGCUCCUUCCAGUCCUGUUACCCCGGCUCUAUCCACCUCUCUUCACACUUUACGCUCUAGACAAUGAGAGGGAGGAAGAUGUUUACUGGGAGUGUGUGCUCCGACUCAACAAGCAACCAGAUCUAUCCCUACUUGGCUUCCUGGGAGUACAGCAGAAGUUUUGGCCUGUCAUUGUCUCUAUACUUGGAGAGAAGAUGGAGGUACAAUCCAUCACGAAGGAUGUUUGCUACGCUUCUGCUAUCGAAAGUUUACAGCAGAUCAGCACCACCUUCACACCAGCUGACAAGCUGAAUGUUAUCCAGCAGACCUUUGAGGAGAUCACACAGGAGGUCCUGACUAUGGUGCAAGGAGACUUUCUUUGGUCAAUGGACGACCUCUUCCCUGUCUUCCUGUAUGUGGUGCUUCGAGCAAGGAUCAGGAAUUUGGGCUCAGAGGUUCAUCUGAUUGAAGAUCUGAUGGAUCCUUCAGUACAGCAUGGAGAACAGGGGAUCAUGUUCACCACUCUGAAGGCCUGCUAUUAUCAAAUUCAACAUGAGAAGCUAACAUAGGACAACAGAUCUCUCCUCUCCAUUCUGUUCCUCUGACUCAAAAGGACUGUGCAACAUUUGGACAGCUGGCCUGUGGGUGCAGACUAGGCACAUUCGAACACUCAGUUACAGACAAGCUCAUUUUCAUCUUGAGUGUGAUCUGUCUCUCCCACUCAUUCUCCAGCUCUCACAUUGAGUCGUGUUCUCACUCUUCUACUUAUUUUUCUCACCAUCCUUGCCUGGCUUGCACACUCAUUUGUUCAUCUUCCUUGCACACUUAUUUGUUCAGCCUCCUCACUGGCUCUCAACUUCUCACACACCUGAAUAAUCAGGCAUGGGUGUAGACUUCCAAUGUGAUGGAAUUUGAUCUGAAGAGUUUUAAAUUUGAACAGUUGAGGUUAACUUUACAGCUUAUUUUACAUGAAGUUUAUUUAUUAUGGUGUUUCAUUGGACGAAAAAAUAAAGUCUAGGAUAAGUCAUACUCCAAUGCACCAGAAUGAAGAACUGAAAUGACUGACAAUGUAUUUGUGUUUCUGCAGAGUAGAGUUAUUGGAAAGUGAGUACAGAGAAUCGUUCCAGUAUUUGGCGGCAUAAUUCUGUCUACCAUUGCACUGAGUAUUAGGGACAUGUGGACUGCCAUUGGUCAGUCUCCUGGAUCCCUCUCCUUUCACCUGUUGAGUAGAGACAGAGUGGGGAAACAUUAUGUCUGCACACUUUAGGAUCACUGGAAAGAUCACAAUGUAAUGGCAAGUCAUUAUGAAACGUUAAUGAGACCACAAUUGAAGAAGUGUGUACAGUUUCUGAGCUCCACACUAUAGCAAGGAUGUUGAGAUAUUGGUUAAAUUAGCUUCUUUGGAAGCUGUAUUGUUUGGUAAAAUGCCAAAACUUGAAAAAUCAGUUGUUUUCAUUUGAACAGAGAGCAUGGGAGAUGGUAGACAAGACUAUUUCCAAUGAUUGGUCUGAUGUGGAAUGAUUUGGGCAGUGGGGGUGCAGUGACACAGAGAAAUCACGAUAAGUACAUAGUUAAGCAUCAUAAAAGCAGAGAGAAGAAAUCAUGAGAAAUUUCAGAAAAGGAACCAGAAGUUUUACACAGGGGCUCUGAGGCUGCAAAAUUCACGAACUAAAUCAACAGACAGCCAUGUAAUUUCCAUUAGUUUUUACAAAUUCCAGUUUUUUUUAUUUGUUUCAUGACUGGUUGAUUGAGUUGGAACUUCCUUCUGCCCAUGGUUUCUGAUUUCCGUUAUUCCUCCCCUUCAUUGCUUUGAGCACAAGUAGGGAAACGUGGGUUCUAAUUGUACAAGAGAUUUGAAAACGAGAACAGGAUAAUUUUGCUGCUAAAUCCUGUCCGCUUGGAUUCACCUGAAACCCCCUGUUUUACUCUCUAAAUCCAUCUCUGCCUCUGUUUGGGGUUUCAUUGUUCAAAGGGCCUUUUGAUUAAUUCUGGACAUCACUAUGUUUCAUUAUGUUGAAGUGGCAGAACUCCUGAUUUAUUCCUGCUUUCUUUUCUUUAGCCUUUUAGCCAUCAAAUGUGUGUCUUCGUAAGAUUAUCUGUACAAAUCUACUUCAUAAUUCUGAAACACCCCCCUCCAUGUGCUCUAAAAUUCUAGUCUUGCCUCAUUUUCAGACCUCCCCUCCAUGUCCAUCCCUCUCCUUCCUGUGACUGUCUGAAUUCCAUACACAUUACUCCAAAUGGGAUUGACCAGUAUCUAAUCCAUCCACAACAUUUGACAUGUAAAAUGUGGAACUGCAGAUUGAAAACAAAAUGUACGGUACUGGAAAUCUGGUGCUGCGCUCUCUCUUUCUAGUGCUCGCUGAGGUGCAUGGGGAUGGCGUUGCCCCUCUCAAGGUCACAGCUCUCCUCAAGGCACCCCUGCACUGCAAAUCCCUGUGCGCUUAAGAAAACCUCCAUUGUGUGAUUGUCCAGUAGUCAUGUGAUUUCACCCUCUGCCAGGGGAACAGGGUACUAGCUGUGUGUUGAUACAGAGAGUGCCAUGAGAAAGCUCAAUUGCCUCUGGCAACAGGCUGCCCAAGGUGUCUCAAUAUAAACUAGCUCCCCAUUGCGAGCAGGUUGUGUUCUCUUGUGAUCUGCACACACAGUGAGUGGUGAUAGGGAAUACUAAAUGAUUCUUCCUUUUCUUUUUAAGUGCCCUGUCAGUGAGAGACAUGGCAUAUAGAACCUUUACUUAAACAUAAGUGCAAGAAGCAGUGUGGAUGACUUAUGGCUGACAUAAGCCCCCUGUUUAAACUCACUGCACAAAUUGCUUCCCACCAGCUCUCUGCAUUUCCGACAGCCAGUCAUUGCUUGAGAUCUGGAGGAUACUUUUAAAUUAUUAAAUCUGUAAAAUUUUGCUCCUCUCCAGUUCUGCUUCCCAAGUUGUAUCUUCUAUAAUCCUGUUAUCCCCUUGAUGAAUGGGCCAGAGCAUUGAAGAAUCAUUGUUGUAACUGUUUUCACUGGCUGUGGUUCAGUGGGUAGUUUAUUUCUCUCGGAGUCUGAAGAUUGAGAGUCAAGCCCCACACCAGAGCCCACAAAACAGGUUGACACUCUAGUGUGGUUCUGAAGGAGUGUUGCACUCCUGGAGGUGCCAUCCUUCAGUUGAGAUGUAAUGAGAUAGUCCCAAAGACCGAGUCAAGUAAUUAAAAGAAAGUCCAUAAUGGUUUGUUCAGGAAAAGCAGGUAAUUCUGAAGCACAUGAAGAAUCCCAGUCACGAACCCUGCCUUCGAUACUGCUGCAGUGAAAGUGGCUUUACAGACUCAGUCCUGUAAAAUAUUGUCGCAAUUGUAUUGCAGUAUCCUAUUUAUUAAUAAAAGGUUUAAUAUUUUGUAGUCUUGUGAAGACAUUGAAGAGAUUGAAUAUAAAUCUAAAAUGUGUACAGAGAAUUGUUUUAAAACUGACAUUGUAUAUUGUGCUUCACAGUACAUUGGAUUAUUGUGAUCCACAAUGGCUGCAAUAAAGUGGAACUCGCGCCUC